UUAACUUCUCUCCCAGAUGACUGACUUAACUUCUGCCUACGUAGACUAAGGGAAGGAUGCCAAUUCUGCUCUGCUCAGUAAUUAUGAGGUGUUCCAGUUACUGACUGAUCUGAAAGAGCAACGGAAAGAAAGUGGAAAGAACAAACACAAUUCUGGGCAACAGAACUUGAAUACUAUCACCUAUGAAGCUUGAAAUUCCUUUCAAGUUAUGUCUAGGUGGGAUUCUCUCUUUUAAAAAAAACAUUAAAAUAUAUAUCAAAAACACCAUGCAGGCACCAGAGUCCUGAGAUUGUCAGAGAGUUUCUCACAGCAAUGAAAAGCCACAAGUUGACCAAUAGGUUCCACGCCCAAUGAGGGGCUUGCACUCACGACCCUGAGAUCAAGGGUUGCAUGCUGUACCAACUGAGCCACCCAGGUGCCCCUGAGAAGAUUUGGUGGACCAUGAUGUUGAUGUAUGAUGUUGGACAGGAGUGAUAAGAGCAGACAUCCCUACCUUGUUCCUGAUGUUAUGGGAAGGCUUUCAGUUAUUUACCAAGCUGAAAAGCUUCAGCUGCUGAACCACAGGCCUAUGACUGCUGUUGAGAUCCAGCUGAUAGUAGAAGAGAGUGAAGAACGGCUCACGGAGGAGCAGAUCGAAGCCCUCCUCCACACCGUCACAAGCAUUCUGCCUGCGGGGCCAGAGGCUGAACAGAAGAAAAAUAUGGAUGACGUGACAAUGGAUGAAGAGGACCCAGCAUAGAGGAGCACAGCUGGCCCAACCACCUCAUGAAGCUGAAAGGCCCAGCAGCCAUUUCCCAGACAUUCAGAGGAUUGUUGAUUUGGUUGUACCCUCUAUCCCAGCAGGCCUGAUUUCAUGGUUAGUUGGAUAAAUCACAAAAAUAAGCUAAAAAGAAGUACUUGUGCCUCUGGGAGAUGAAACAUAGUGAAGACAGGCUGAGGUUGUCAGGGCAGAGAGCUAAAGAGAGGAGGACAGAGCCAAAGAGGACAAUGACUGUGGAACCCUCUGUGGUCAAAAUAUUUCUUCUGUGGCCUUUGCCACAGUUGUGGGAAGGCCCCCAUACACAGCUGGUAAAGUACUUUGUGUUGCCUUUGAUGGGCUGUGUCCUAAUUAGUUUCAUCUGCUUCCCUAGGAGCUUCCCAAGCAGGGGCUCUGAGCACUGUUGGGAUGAGAGCAGAGUUAAGAGAAUCCCGUUAGAUGACUAGAAACUCCCAGAGCAGCAGAUAGUUGCUUUAGGUUAAAAUGAGCCACUGAACUUGGCUUACCUCAGAGGAAUCUUUUCCUUGAGAACAUUGGAGAUAAGAGAACAGCCUGGCCAACCCUUGAUCGGGUCUGAAGGCUUGUUUCCUUUGCUGGCAGGGGUGGUGUUUACCAGCUCACACUAUUCAGUCUUAAAUGUUAGGUUACCGACCGGCCCAUUCCAGUUGAAAAGCGGCACUCCAGACUGAAUGACAGCUCAGCAGAAGAACAGCAUUGGCCGCCUUUCUAAUGACCUUCAGUUUCCUGCCCUGAGACAGGAGCCCUGAGUAGACACCUUUGUGUCAAGUCUGGGUGAACUUCAUUUGCAUGAUGGGCAAAUUGUCUGCAUCUUUUGAAAGGGGUCAGUUAUAUAGCUCUUCAUGGAUAAAAUAUGGAGAAACCAGAGGUUGGUUCCUAAGAAUUUGAAUUUGUUAGCUGUUGCAAGGGUGUAUCAGUUUUUUAAUUUAAAAUAUUAGGAUAAUUACCAUGUGAAGAACUUACUGAUACUGAGGCUUUGGAGAGUUCAGUAGCUCCAGAUGUGUGGUUGCCCUAAUCCUAGGAAUGUUGCUGAAAAUUAAUUUUCCACAUUCGCUCUGCUCCUGACUUGGGGAAGAAAAUGCCCACAGACACUAAUUUUCCAAAUUGGUACUUAUUUUGUUGUGAGAUUACAUAUUUUCAGUGCUGCUGUUAACUGGAUGAUUUCCCACCCCCUUGCAAUUUCCAGGUUAUUUCAACCUCCCUACCACCCCUGCCAGUUGCACUCAUGUCUUUCUUAACCUUAUCAUCUGAGGAUCACCUGAGAUGUGUUUACGGGCAAAACUGGAAUUCACAGGGCAUUUAUAUUGAAGUCUCUUGUCUGUAUUGGGAAUUUUACCAGGAAUUGUUGAUUUUUCUUGUCAAGGCAUCACAUGGGUACCUAUGCCACUGUUUCAUUUUAACUGUGAGUGUGUUUGAUGUGUUUUUUAAAUGGAUUAACCUAAUUAAAAAUAAAUUGUUUCCAAGUGACCACCAA